CAUUUUAAAUGAUUUUGUGUGUGAAAGCCGGUAAUUAUCUCGGAUUUAUUGGCUUUAUUGUUAAAUAACCCAAAUGGAGUUUCAGUUUGACUUGUUUUUAAAGAUAUGUCUGUAAAGUGAAAGGCGUACACUUCGUAUUGUUUUGUUUGUGAUUCCCAAUCAUUUUAAGUGCACAUGUUUUCAUACAAAUGGGAGCUAAAUAAGUUAUUGGUAGGGUGCAUUAUACGAGCGCCGUAAUAAUUGAUUCAUCAUUCGAAUACUUAGUGCUUAGAGCGUUGACUAUCAUGACUGACACUAGACGAAGAGUGAAACUUUACGCUCUGAACGCUGACCGGCAAUGGGACGACAGAGGGACCGGGCACGUCUCGUCCUGCUAUGUGGAGAGGCUCAAGGGCACCUCGCUGCUGGUGCGGGCCGAGUCAGAUGGCUCACUGCUGUUGGAGAGCAAGAUCCAGCCUGACACGGCGUACCAGAAGCAACAAGACACACUCAUAGUCUGGUCAGAGGGUGACAACUUCGACUUAGCACUGAGCUUCCAAGAAAAGGCAGGAUGUGAUGAAAUAUGGGAAAAGAUUUGUCAGGUACAAGGAAAAGAUCCGUCAGUAGAAAUAACACAAGAAAUUGUGGAAGAGUCUGAAGAUGAGCGGUUUGAUGAAAUGUCUGAUAAUGUACAACCAGUAGAGUUACCAGCAUGUGAGAUGGGUCGGUUAGAGGACAUCAGUGAGCUGGUCAACAGUUGUCUGGUGUCUCCAGCGAGGAAAGAUAAACUGGCUGCAGCACUCGAGUCACAACACUACAUCAAAAAGUUACUAAACCUCUUUCAUAUGUGUGAAGACAUUGAAAACACUGAAGGGUUACAUCAUCUCUAUGAGAUAUUCAAAAGCAUAUUCCUCUUGAACAAAAACACUCUCCUGGACACAAUGUUUGCUGAAGACACAAUAUUUGAUGUUGUUGGUUGUCUAGAAUAUGACCCCAGUUUGCCACAGCCUAAAAAGCACAGAGAGUAUCUAAAAGAACUUUCCAAGUUCCGUGAGGCCAUUCCAAUAAAGAACCAGGACUUACUAGCAAAGAUCCAUCAGACAUACAGAGUACAGUACAUUCAGGAUAUUGUCUUACCAACUCCUACAGUUUUUGAGGACAACCUAGUGAGCACACUAUCUAGUUUUAUAUUUUUUAACAAAGUAGAAAUAGUGAAACUUAUAGAGGAAGACGAGAAGUUCCUGACAGAUCUAUUCAAGAUGCUGAUGGAUGAUAAGACACCAGACACAAAAAGAAGAGAUUUAGUUUUAUUUCUAAAAGAAUUUUGUAAUUUUUCACAAAACCUACAGCCACAGGAUAAGGACGCUUUUUACAAGACUUUGGUGUCACUCGGGAUUCAGCCUGCAUUAGAAAUCACAUUAGCCAUAGAUGACCAGAAGACGAAAACAGCUUCCAUAGACAUCUUAACGUACAUUGUGGAGUUUUCACCUUCUGUAGUUAGAGAUUACACUCUACAGCAAGCAAAUAACACAGAAGAGGAGCACAUGUUGUUGAACAUAGUGAUUGAACAGAUGCUACGUGACCGGGAUCCAGAGCUCGGAGGGGCAGUCCAGCUCAUGGGCGUCCUGCGCAUACUCCUGGACCCUGAGAGCAUGCUGGCCUCCGUCAACAAAACUGAGAAAGCAGACUUUCUCAACUUUUUCUACAAAAACAGUAUACAGACUUUAAUAGCACCGCUACUGGAGAACACGACUGGAGAGAAGCCCCUGAAGGAAGACUACCACACGGUCCAGUUGUUAGGGCUAGUGCUGGAGCUGCUUUCAUUCUGCGUGGAACAUCACACUUACCACAGCAAAACAUGCAUUUUGAACAAGGACCUGCUCCGGCGCAUCCUCGUGCUCAUGCGGUCCACGCACACGUUCCUGGUGCUGGGCGCGCUGCGGUUCAUGCGCAAGAUCAUCGCGCUCAAGGACGAAUACUACAACCGGUACAUCAUCAAGGGGAACCUGUUCGCGCCCGUCGUCGACGCCUUCCUUAGAAAUAAUGGCAGAUAUAAUCUGCUAGACUCAGCUAUAUUAGAAUUAUUUGAGUUCAUCAAGCUAGAGGACAUCAAGUCGCUGUGCUCGCAUGUUGUGGAGAACUACGGCAAGAUCCUCGAGGAUGUGGAAUAUGUACAAACAUUCAAAGCUUUAAAGUCCCGGUAUGACCAACACCAGGACAAAUUAAAAGAGAGAGAUCGAGUAAGCGGCAGCGUAGUCGGCGAGGCGGUAGUGCCGUCCCUCCUGCGCACGCGGUACCGGCGCGAGGCGCGCGCGCCCGACGACGAGGAGGAGAUGUGGUUCAACGACGACGACGAGUUGGAAGACGAGCCGCCGCUGGACGCGCCGCUGCCGCCGCACGCGCCGCACGCCGCGCACGCCACGCACGCCGCGCAUCACGCGCUUGAUGCUAUCGGCAAAAUAGUAGAGAAGAAGGUGUUAGCGAGCGCAGAGAGCGCGAACGGGCCGCCGCGCGCGCUGGCGCCGGCCAAGCCGCUCGCCGACGUUCAGGUAUCUUCGCCACGAUUACUCAACCAGGGAUUGGUGGACUACGACGGAGACUCAGAUGAGGAGGAGGAGGGCGGAGGCGGCGCGGGCGCGGCGGGCGUCGAGGAGCGCGACGCCAAGCGGCCGCGCCUGGCGUAGUGCCCCCCCUCCCCCCGCCCCUCCCGCCCCGCGCCCGUCUCGCAACGCCCAGCACAAGCCCACACGUGAGCACGUAUUUAUACACACGCCGUUUCACGCCCCGCGCGGAUGCGAAAUGACGGUGACAGUUACACGACUGAAGGCUAAUUUAAAUCCACAAAUUACCAGUGCUACGUUUAACGUGUUCCCUCGUUGAUGCGGCGCAGUUAGAGUAAACGUAGAUUACGCAAUUUAAAUGAAAUGUAAUUUAGCGACCGUGAUUGUAUACUUGUACAGGUAUUUCAGAGACUUUGAUGUUUGCACACAUUCACUCUCGAGUAGCGACGUUAGCGAGUCUUGCAGUUGUAGGAGAGUGUUGCUUGCGGAGUGAAUGUGUGCGUAUGAAUCAAUUUCAGUAGUGAUUUUGAUACUUGAGCGUCAACGCUCAUUUUGUCGUCGGUUUUGUCUCACGUUAUAUGUUACGUUCUUAUGUAUCUAUUUAUUUUUAUGUUGUUUGUGAUUGGUACCUCAAGCCUUAUCCAUUCUAAAAGUGCGGUAGCUUUGUAUAGUUUCAAUGUACCUAGUUAUUAUCGUCUAUAACGGUAUGCCAGACGACUUAUUAAAUAUUUUAUCAAUGAAAAGUUAAUGAGAAAUAUAUUUUUAAGUAGUCUGCUAAGACUAUUUUGACAUAGGUAUAUUACACUAGCAUUAUUGGUUUGGAUGAAGUGAAAAAUCUGCAUUUUUAUGUGGCGACCAAAAGUGAAAAAUCUAUUAGACUCUGCAAAUGUAACCUCUUACAUAAAAAAACUCGAUUUACAUAAUAAAUAACCGAUGGUGAAUGGUAAUAAUGGUCAGAUAUAAUAUAAAAACUUUUCUUUUCUCAUGUGUAACAUUAGAAUUCACCAACACAACAACAAUAUACUUGCUAUGUGACUUUGACUCACAUUUUGGAAUUUCAUAUGUUUUUCUUCGGAUCAUUAAAAAGUACAAAGAAAUUUUCGAGAGAAAUAAAACUCCACAAGACAGCAUGUCAGAAUGAAUGUUAGUGUAAAAAUUAAAAGUGUAUUUGUAUGUAUUUUAAAAUAAUUUAGUUAAUUAUAAUCAAUAAUCAACAUAAACUGUGCUGUGGAAUUGCUACUCAAAAUAUUACAAUAUUUAUAGGUACAUUUUAAUAGGAAUGAUGUCAUGUAUAUUGUGAGAUACAUUAUUUAAAUCUUCAGAAAUGUAUUUAAAACGAAGACCAUUGCUAUUUUCAUAAUCAUUUGCAUGAAAAUAUUUAUUAAUCUUGGAUCCCAGUAUAGUUUUAAUUACAAACCCUGCAGAAUUUACACAUUAAGAAAUAGAUAAACACAAGCAAGCCUUAAGUUUUUUAUUUGUAUAGGCUGCGAAUUCAUAGGAUUUUUUUAAACUCAGAUUUUGCUUUAUGUCAACGGAUGUAAAAAAUAUUAAACAUCUAUACUUUGCAAAAUAUAUUAAGAACCCUAUGAAGUUUGAUUAACAAAUGCUUAUACAUGGGGAAUAAAGUAAAUUUUCUCUUGACCAACAAAUGACAGACCGAACGACAGAUUGCCUCAAAAUAAAGUUGAAGUUUAACAAAUGACAGAUAAAAUAUAUGUAUGGAUUUGACAGCUGUCAUAUGGUUCUUCCUAUAUUUUACAAAGUAUAGAAACUGAUAAUCAAUGAAGGUUUGCAAGUUGGUCUUCGUUUUAUAUCUUCAGAAGUAAAUGCUAAUUCUGUUAAACAUUAUUCACUAAAAUUCAACCUAGGCUUGCAUAAAUAUCUCAAUAAAAUUAUUGUAUUAGUAGAUUUUGCUUGUUAUUUGUCAAUUCAUUUGCAUUCCUUAGAUGUGGCUGUUAGUUUUCUCAGAAACUUGACCCAAGUUAUAUAAACGUUAGCGAAAUAUGUAUGCUAUUUAUGAACAUUUCGUUCGUCUUAUAUUUUUUUGAUCGAACUCAAUACAGCAGCGUGGCAGCCGUCCAUUUAUAAUAAUUACAAUUUAUCAAAAUAAUAUAAUCAUUAUUUAUUUCUUUGUUAAGAUUUUCAAGUCUCUGAGAAGUCUGACUCUUGGAAGUAGAGAAUAAUUAUUUAUUUCUUUAGAAUUCUCUCUUGCUUUGCUUAUGGAUAUCAUUUAAUAACAUGAGUAGACCGAUACAGAAUUCAAGUUUCCAUAUUUGUUUAUUAUAUUCGCCCAUGAAUUUUACGAUACUUUAUAAGAUUCUUGGAUUCAUUCUCUAUUUUCAAGGUAUAAAUUAGCACGAUUAUUAGGUAUUUUCGCUUAUUAUUUGUAGCGUAUUUUACACACCGCAACUGUGUAUGUGAUAAAAUGUAUCUGAUCGAGAUCAAUUUUAUUUUAUUACUCGUUAACCCCUAGCUGUAGCAUUUGUGUUUGUAAAUACGUAUAUUUAAAUGUAUGUACAAAUUUAACCAUCAAAGUCCCCAGUCUAUAAUGCACUAACUGUAUCUCGAUACUUAUAAAAUAUUCUGAAUCAGAAGAAACAAGUGUGGAAUUUAGACGUAACUGUUAUUUUCAACUCGAUGAUUUAAAUAAAUAAUUGUCUUCGGAAUUGUAGAUCUUGCCUGGGACAUGGUUGUAAUGACCAACAUGGCCUUGCUUCGCCACCAAUAGCGGUGGCUGAGCUCAGCAUCAAACCUCGCAGGAACUAUGGUUCCACCUCGCUCGCAUCUCCACUGGUAUGCCAUAAGACUGUUCCCUUCUUCUUCCUUCUAAACUAUUUUAAAAAGGUGAUACAUAUCAAGUUUCUAAUACACAUUUGAAAAAGUCACACUUAAUUCUUACACAAUUUUUACGAACGACAUGGCUGUCGUUAAAACAAUGGUCACACGUAUUUUAUUAUGAAGUGUGUUUAAUUAGAAUGAUAAUUUGGUGGGCUUAAGUAUAAAUACAUAAGUAGACUAUAAUUAUUUAUGUUAUUGGGCAUCCAGUUCACUAGUGCACAAGUGUUUGCGAGACGAUUAAAUGCGUGGAUACUAAUGGUCAGACUAUAUUGUAAAUAUAACUUUUUAUGUAAUAAUUUUAUUUUCAAAUCUGUCGAACAUCCACGCGUAUAAUAGCUGAGCUGUCAAUUAUUUUAUACGAUCCUUGAAUUCCUUGAAAUACUUGUAAUACGAAGUUCUAAGUAGACUGUAACGAUAACUAUUUUUUAUCUGUCUGGGUGGAUGACCAUCGCAAACUAAUUUAUACACAGAUUUAAAAAAUAGAUUACCUAUUGGCAAAGUUGUGUAAAAUAAAUAAGCUUAUUAUAAUGCUAUUAUUAUGAUGUCACUAGUUAAGUAAGCAAUAUAAAUAUAAGGUAAAUACGA